GGUAGAGGGUUUUUGGAAUUUUUUUAUGUGAGACAUUUAAAAAUGACAAAUGAAAAGAAUUUUGUGAAACAAAUGAAUGAAGUAGUAAAAAACAUUGUAAAUCCUCACCCAAAACAUAUACGAUCCCAAAAAGAAAAGGACCAAGUGCAUGAUAAUACGAUUUUGUUGGUCCCACAUACACUUCUGUUUUGUUUCUUUCUUUCCUUAUAAAUAGGCCAAUCUUCUGUACUCCAUUGACAAAACACAAUGAGCAAUCCACACGCCACCGAUCAUAGUGCAGCGGCCACCAUUUCCUCCUUCAGAAGUGGAGGUUCUUGGGACAUCGCCGCCGUCCAUCCCACCUUCUUUCCCUCUCCCGGAAUAGAGAACACACAGCCGUGUUUCUCGUACAUGGACUCUGACGACGCGUCGACAGGGUACCUGGAGGAUGCUUUGUUCAACUUCAACACAAAGAGGAGGAAGAAGAGGUUAUUACUGUUCGAUGAUGAUGAUGACGAUCAACGACCCACGGACUUGAAUAUUCUUUGGAGCUGCCUGGAUGAUGGCAAUAUAAAGGUGGAUUAUUGUUAUGAGAAUUACGAUAACUUGGGGGAGAUGCGCAAGUGUGAUCGCAUUUCAGGUAUGGAAAAAAAACCAGAUGCAGAAGCCAUCGCAGCUUUUGCAGCCAACAGCGAUUCUUCCUUAUCUUCUUUCUCCAAAUGCAAUGAUAAUUUACAAACCCCACCUUCCGUGGACCCGCCGUCUUUUUCCGCCGCCGGAAGCGACAGAGGUCAGCGGCCGAGGAAAAGGGUGACGGCAAAGUUGGUGUACCCGUUCGCGGUGGUGAAGCCGGGAGGGACUGAAGGGGACAUCACGCUUAACGACAUCAACGAGAGGAUUCUGAUGCCGCCGAGAAGGCCGGUAAAGCAUCCCGUCGGAGACUUUGCUUGCCGACGGCAGAGUUCGCCGGUUGGAACUGGAUUGUCCGGCAAGGCCGUGGUGGCUUUAACUAGAAUUCAGACUCGGGGUAGAGGAACGAUCACUAUUAUGAGGACAAGAGGCUAACUAGCUGAAAUAAAGUUUUUUUAAUUAUAUAUCUGAAAGAGAAAGAGAAUAAAAAAAGAGUGGCCUGAUUAUCUUUCUUGAGAAGAGGCUACUUACUCAUUUACUCCGUAUAUGCUAUAGCAUAUUGUCAUUUUAUAAACAUGUGACCGAGUGAAAUUUCACACAAAAUUGUACAAAUAAUCAUAAAACUAUUCAAUAUAAGAAUAUAUUACAUGAUUAUUAAGUAGAGAGAUUUUCAAAAAUAGGACUAAAUAAGG